ACCAGGCGAACAAGCAAUCGCGACCAAGACGAAGGAAGAGAAGGAAAGGCAAGAGAGAAAGUAAGGGGAGAAGGAGAGAUAAGAGGAUGGAGAAAGGGAGUAUCCUCCACUUUGAGGACGGAGAAGGUGCAUCCACUACGCGACUGUCUGACUACCUGGAACAAGCGUUCAAGAAAGGGCGCCGAGACAUACACAUUACAAGUACCGGCAAUAUCUGGUGUGAAGAUUGGAAGGUCCUGAAUCGUAGAUUCGGGAUGACUGUGAUAGAAGUACGGGGUGUAUCAUGCCUUCUGAAGGAAGCAAAGAGGUGGAUCGAACAAGGAGGUCAGAUGCUUAUCAAGGAUCCGACGGAGACGGUCUCCUUCCCGUCUAGGACCAGGCGGGAACUCCCGGUGUUACUCUCACAACCAUGGCGGAGGAAGUUGCUAUGGAAGAAGGAGAGCCAUGAGCUGACACAUAUGUACCAGGCGACUAGGGGCUUUGAUAAGGGGAGUAGACAACGGAUGAGAAAUAUUAUUUCUCGGGGCCUAAAUGAGAAACUAGGAAUUAAUCUGAGGAAGAGACAUACGAUCAGAAUCCCGUAUGAUGAUAGAGUGGAUAGGAGGAGAAUUGGUGAAGUUGCUAAGGCCAAAAUUGUGGAUCUGGGGCUAAACGAUUCGAUAGCAGACAUCGUACGAAGACACGUCAGAGUUGUCUGGAUGAAAAAACAGACAAUCGGAGACGAGCUUCACAACCAUAGAGACUUCGCGCGCUCUAAUGGUAGCAUUUGCGACUGUGAAAAUAACCCUUUCCCUCUAGUGGAAGGACAUGUACGAUGCCGACUAUCGGAAGUAGGGGCCCCGGAUUUCAUACUUAACGCAAGGAAUAUUCCUCCGCAACGAACGAGGGAGGUAAGACGGGGAAUCCUAGCGGCAAUCCUUGAUGGCCUGGGUGAGAUUUUCCGGACAUCUGGGAAGUGCCUUACUGUACAUUUGAAGGAAAUUCAGCUAUGUGUGCGCGAGAGGGAGACAACACACGAGGGAUGCUAUCACCUAGUGCAGGAAUGGAAGUGGCGUAAUGGACUCGUAUGCAUGCCAAUGGAUCGUAAUCCGGGGGCGACAUACAUUGUAUGCCCUGCAGUGUACGCGAGAGCUCUCCGAGACACCUUCUGGCAUGGAGGAAGCUUCAGGAUGUGCGCCAUAUCGACUGACAUGGCACUUGAGACGUGCAGGAAGUGCUACCAUGAGCAGGGCUUGUCGAAGUUGGGGUCUUGGUGCAAGAAAGGGGGAAUCGGGGACGCUUAUGUCAUACCAAAAAACAAAGACCCAGCGAGAUGGCGGCCUAUCGCUCCUGCAUGGAACUCACCUUCGAAGGUCGGAGCAAAGAAGGUGGCGAAAGCUCUGCAAUGUAUGCUCGGGAGUCUGGCAAAAGGUCUGCAUUUCAACACGACUUCCUCUGAAGAUGCAAUCAGACGAAUCCAGAGGUGGGGUUCAAAAUCGGAAGAAGGACAGGGGGUGAUGUCGGCGACCUUUGACAUCAAGAACAUGUUUGCUGAGCUACCCCACGAAAUGAUUCAGGAGUCUUUGGAAUGGAUGAUAGGGAUGAUGGAGGCUAAAGGAUACGGCAGGGUGAAUGUGAACUGUUGCUGGAAGAAGCCAUCCAUGGGAAGACAGAGCAGGGAUGGCCACUUCUCGGUCAAAUUUGGCUACAUACGCCAAUGGGUUGGGUUUGAGCUAGAUCAUUCCUACAGUCUGGCCGAAGGUGAGCUGAUCCAGCAGAUUCAGGGGAUCCCUAUGGGUGGACACACAAGCUCAGCCCUCACAUGCAUACUCUGCGUAAAAAGUGAGGCAGAGUUUAUGUAUGAGUUGGGAACACUCCGCAAAAGGACGUUGGGCCUUAGACUCAUGGAUGACAUGGUUUUCUUCGUCCGCUUCCUACGAGAGAAGAUUGACACCAUGUGUCAAGCUAGGGACAUCCUCAAAAAACUAAAGGGAUGUUACCCGCAGUCUCUCUCUCUGGAACGGACGAACGCAGGGGAUGGGACGUUAUCCUUCCUGGGAUGCAAGAUCUACGUGGACCAGGAAGGACCAAAGAUCACUCCGGUCAAUGACGAACAGACCAAGGUAUCCAUGAUCACGAGCUAUCUACAUCGUAUCGUAAGAUGCUAAGACGAUUCAGCGAUAAGAGAUCUCCUUGUGGCAUGUCUCAGGAAAGAACUCCGCGUGAGAAACUACCCAGCACCUGUGAUCGACAAGGUGAUCCGAUCGUUCGAAUGUGAUCAGAAGGUUAAAAUUCUGGGAUUGGGCCCCUCCAUCCACUAAGGAUGGACGUAGAAGAGGUUAGAGAGAGAGAGAGAGAGAGAGAGAGAGAGAGAGAGAGAGAGAGAGAGAGAGAGAGAGAGAGAGAGAGAGAGAGAGAGAGAGAGAGAGAGNCCCUCCCCCUCCCCCUCCCGCUCCCGAAAUUAGCUAUAUUUCCAAUCAAAGAGGUGAGGUCGG